GUAACAUGAAAGAGCUAACGGCUUUCCCUUCCGUGUCCCACGGUUUUUCAGCCAUUCUCUGUUUGCAAAACCAGCCUCCGCUUGGCUCGGUUAGAACAUUUUGUGUCGUGGAAUGCAGUGUCUGUCCCCUGUUCUAAGAUAGAAAACAAAGCUUUUAGGAACGUCCUUUCUGGUUAGUGACUGAACAGCCUGCGUUGUGACUUGUGUCCCGAUUGGGAAGGACAGCCUCCUUAAACUCCCUAGAGCGAAGCAGGCGGACACGGACACUAACACUUCGGCCUCGAAUUCCUGCAGAAACUGGAAGAAAAGCAGGACGCGCCGGGUGCCUUCCCUGGCUCCGCCUGCGGAACAGGAGACUACGUGCUGGUGACCUCGAACUCUUUUCUGGGUGCCUGAUUUACAGAAAAUGUUACUAAUAUCCCCGCCUCCACCCACGGCGGGGACCGCAGGCAGCGACACGGGGCGGCCCUAGGUAAAUCCCCACCAGAGGCACCGCCCGAGGCUCCGCCUCCCUGGGCCGCCGCCUAGGUCACCUGCGGCCCACGGGCCUGGCGGCGGGCGGCGGCGGCCGGCCGCGGGGACCCCCGGGACCGAGAUGUGGUGGGUCGGCCGGUGGGGCCCCCUGUUCCUGUGCCUGCUGGGUAGCGUCCCAGGACAGUCCCGUCUAGCCCCACCCAGAAACGUGACACUGCUGUCCCAGAACUUCACAGUGUACCUGACAUGGCUUCCAGGACUUGGUAGCCCCCCGGAUGUGACCUAUUUCGUGACCUACCAAGGCUAUCCCAGCUACCAGCGUUGGCAAAAAGUGGAGCAGUGUGCAGGCACCAAGUCUCUGGUGUGUCCCCUCAUGUGCCUGAAGAGACAGGAUCUGUACAACAAGUUCAAAGGACGGGUGCAGGCAGUUUCUGCACGUGGCAAGUCCCCACAGGUGGAGUCCAAGUACCUGCAUUACCUUUUUGACGUGGAGCCAGCCCCGCCCACCCUUGUGUUCACCCAGAUGGAGAAGAUCCUGUGGGUCAACGCCACCUACCAGCUGCCGCCUUGCAUGCCGUAUCUGAACCUAAUGUAUGAGGUGCAAUUCUGGAAGGAGGGCGUGGAGCACAAGACACAGUUCUCUGCCACGGAGCACAACAAGCCCAUGGAGAUCCCUCUCCAGCAAGGUGCUAGUGGACGCCACUGCCUCAGCGCCAGAACCAUCUACACCCUCACUGUGGCCAAGUACAGCCACUUCUCUGAGCCCAGUUGCAUCUUUAUAGAGGCCCCAGGAGCCAACUGGGCUGUCCUGCUGCCCUUACUCUCGCCUCUACUGGUGGCAGCUGCAGCAGCAGGUGUGAUCUGGAAGAGACUGGAAGGGGAUCCCUGGUUUCAGUGGGUGAAGACGCCUCACGCACUGGACUUUUCUGAAUACAGAUGUCCCGUGGCAACCUUUCAGCCCAGUGCACCUGAGCUCCCAGAUGACCUGAUGCUCUGUCCCCAGAGAGAACUGACCGUAAGGAUCAGACCCUUCCCUCAAGUCAGAGACCCAGGCACACUACAGGGAGGACCAGAAGAGGACAGCACCGAGGAGGAAGAUGAGGACACAGAUGACAGUGACAGUAUCCAGCCCUACCUGGAACAAUCCCUCUUCAUGAGGGAGAAGCUCCAGAUUAUGGGGCACUUGGAGACAGCUGAGUCUGGGGUAGGUUCAGGGGGAAGUGAAGAUUCAUCUGCCUGGGACUCUUCGGACAGGAGCUGGUCCAGCACAGUGGACUCCUCCCUUAAAGAUGAAGCUGGAUCUUCCGACUGUUUGGACAAGAAGGAGCCAGCCCAAGAGCCUGAUGGGGAUGGGCACCAGGAGGUGCUCCCAUGCCUGGAAUUUUCUGAGGACUUGAGCACCGUGGAAGAGCUUCUGAAAGAUGACUUCUCUAGGUGGCGAAUUUGGGGUUCCUUAUCCCCAAAGAGAGAUCUGGUUCCUGGGGAGCCCCCAGUUUCUCUUCAGACACUGACUUUCUCCUGGGACAGCCACUCUGAGGGAGAGGAGGGAGAGGAAGAGGAGGAGGAAGAAGAGGAAGACGUGGAUGCCUGGGAAUCAGAACCCAAAGGCGGCAUCACCGGCUGCUGGGACACCUCAAGCCUGCAGAGGGCAGAGGGCAGGGACAGGAUGCUGGGAGAUUAUAUGGCCAGGUGAGCUGGCCCUGGUGGCCAAUCUAGUCUGGUAUUGCUACCUCUACUGCACUUCCCAGGGACCAGAGACACCUCCAGGUCUCAAGAGCCAUGUCCCUUCCCGAGGUAAUCAAAGUCCUGGCGAGCAUUUGUGGAUCGCUCACGGGAUCUUUGUCAUUUGGAUAGAGCUGUAAGAUGUCACCAUUUCCUAUGGCCCACCUGCUGUAGGUGACCUGUGAGAGGGAUAGAGCUGUGGUCAGAGACUAGUUGAGUUCCUGCUGCCCGUUGUCCCAGGGAUGAUAGACCUUACAGAAAAUGAAACAGGAGAAGUGAAGCCAGGUGCUUGUGGACCCCAAGGAUUGACACACCCUAGUCCAUAAGUCAUAUAUGGCACUGUACAAAACAGACCUCAGAUCAAAUCCCAGCUCUGCCAUUUACUAGUAGUAACCUGAGCAAGCCACUCUCAGUCUCAAUGCCUCAGUUUCCUCUUCUGUAGCUGUCACAUGGGUAUGGUGAGGAUUUCAGGUAUGUGUGGCAUGAGGUCACCCAUGUCACUUGUACUGUCUAUGCACUAGAACCCUCCAUCUGUUCGGACUCCUGGGAGGCCCCAGGCAUCUCUCACCAGAGACCCCCUAAGACAAGAGUGACAAGAAUACCUACCUUCUGAUAUGUCUACCCUCUGGGUCACCCCAUUCCUUCCUUGUCACCUUCACAUCUUCUAGUCAGGGGCUCCCUGAAAACAGAGUCCAAUCAACUUUGCUUCCUUCUUGAGCACAGUUCACCUUCCAGGGGCCAGAUUGGUUGACAGAGGCCAGAAACUGCCCUCCUGCCCUGAUGGCCUUUCUUGGAUGGCCUUGUGACAGUUUUUUGACUGUUGUGGUCAUUGUGCGGUCUUAGUGUCUGAGAAACCAGUGUCUUUUGGGAACGGGUGAUUGUCCUCUUUGGGGAGUGAUGUGUGCCAAUGGUUUACAGAUGAGCAUAGCUGUCACCCAGAGAACCGAAGUCUUUGUUGCUGAGAAUCUAAACAGUCCUGGGCACUUUACUCCAUGAUGCACAAAAAAAAAAAAGACCCCACAACCGCUUUUAUCCACGAUGCUGUGCGGUUUUGAAUCUGGCAUAAAGCUGCAGCCUUACAGAACACAUGUGAGGUCACCCCUUAAAGGUAUCUAAUCAGGGGUUCUCCAACUCACUCCCAAAGACCUUUGGGAGCCUGGGACCUUCCCCUCAUUGAGCUGAUCUACACUCAGUGGCCUUGCAUAGAAGGUGUGUUGAGGGGGUUCACAGCUAACAAAAAGUUCUCAAAGCACUGUCCUCAUCUCUGUCAUGUUUCUAACAAGGGACCUCAAGUGCAGCAUGGCAAGGCUCUUGUUGAAGUUACCUGGCAAGGCUGUCCUAAUGACUUAAUAUGUGUGGUCCCAAGAGUCUCCAGAGUCGUCAAACUGACAGGAGGUCUUUGCCAUCUCCUCUGGGACACACACACACACACACACACACACACACACACACACACAGCUACCUCCCUGGGAUUUCCCUGCACUGAAGCCUGACCAUGUCACUGAGGUCAGAAGAACACUGAGUAUGCUCGAGGAAGACCAUAGCACAGGAGCAGCUCCUGGAAAUGUCCUGAGCUGCUCCGUGGAGGCACUGUCAGAAAUCCUUUGAAAUGAUCUUCAUAGCAGUGUUGUCCUCGUCCUCAGUGACACAUGCUCACUGUCCUCGUCCUCAGUGACAUAUGCUCGCUUUCUCAUUUGGAAAGCUUGUCCACACUUCCCAAAGCUUUCUCUCUGUCUAUCCUGGGCCUUUUACUCAUUUUAGGUUCCAGCUCCCUCCAGCCAUUAGGUCAUUGACAAAGAAGCUCACAGAAAGGUCAUGAAGAUCAACGCAAGCGCUCAGCACUUAACUUACAUAAUAGCCCUGUAUGUACACAACAUCUGGGGACUGCAAAGACAUCAAGGUCUACGUGACUGCCUUGGGUCACAGUGGUGUGUGGCUUCAGCACACGGAAGCUAUACACCUUUCUUAUACAUUCGUAUUUUUGUCAAAUUUUGCACUGUGUUUUAUAUCCUAUUUAAAUAAUACUUUAAUGUAUGUCAGUAUAAUACCCAGAACCUUAAAUAAAGAGAUCUAUUUUUAGAGAAAAA